AUGGUCAGACCAUUACUACAAAAAGUAAUAGAAAAACAUUUAUCAAUAAAUGACACUGAAGAUGAUAUUGAAAUAUAUUUCAAGCAAUCACUUAAAACACAAAUAAAAACCCGUUUUAAUCUCGAAUGGACAUCCUCAAGUACUGUAAGCCUAAGUCAAAUAUCUUCUUUACUCGAUCCAAGGUAUAAGGACUUAGAACAUGAGUCACUUGAUUCAAGAUAUGAUAUUCGAAAAGAGUUGCAAAAUAUACUUGAAACUAAUUAUCCACAGGUUUCAGUUACGGAACAUACAAAAAAUGCACAUACAAGUGCCAUGAAGUUCCUAUACGGUGACGAAAUGAUCGAUAUGAAUGAUCCAAAAAUACAAUUACAAGGUUAUCUGGCUGAACCUCAACUAAGAUUUGAUUUGGAUCCUUUUGAGUGGUGGAAUACAAGAACAAUCAAGUAUCCAAUCAUUAGCGAAUGUGCGAAGAAAUAUCUCACAAUACCAGCUACAUCAGUCAGCUCUGAAAGAUAUUUUUCAACUGCUGGAAAUAUUGUUACACCAAAAAGGAGCUGCUUACUCCCAGAAAAUGUAAACACGUUAGUUUUUUUUGUAUCAAAAUAG